UUUUUUUUUUUUUGGGAGGCUGGAAACACGUAGCCACCCCGGCGUGUUUGUAAACGGGGGUAUAUUGACUGUCGGGGGAAUGUAAAAUGGUUGUCGGAUGCUCUGCUGGUGGACGCUUCAAUUUUGGAUUGGAUGGAGUGUAGACGAUUUUUUCUAUCCAGACCAGAGGCACUGAGGGGGAUCGGAAUUUACCGGUGACAAGUCUGAGAGAGGAAAAAAAAAAAAAGAAGAAAAGAAAAGAGGAUCCAGUCGUUACAUGGGGCAACACUUAUAAAAGUCUGUUUUUAUUUUAAUCAUAACUAAAGGGAUUUGCAUCAAGACUGGGAGCCUGAAGUCGAUGAGAAAAGUGUUUUCCAGACAGAAAGGGACUACUCUCCCCCUCUGAGUUCUGCUGUAACUUUGAAGAACAGCUCCGAUCAUGGCGAAAAAGUAUGAUUUCCUUUUCAAACUGUUACUCAUCGGAGACAGCGGAGUGGGAAAAACAUGUCUGAUCAUCCGUUUUGCUGAGGACAAUUUCAACUCCACCUAUAUCUCAACCAUCGGCAUUGACUUUAAAGUAAAAACCAUUGAAGUGGAUGGAAAGAAAGUGAAACUACAAGUCUGGGACACAGCAGGACAAGAGAGGUUCAAGACCAUAACAACAGCCUACUACAGAGGAGCUAUGGGUAUCAUCCUGGUGUAUGACAUCACAGAUGAGAAAUCCUUCGAAAACAUCCAGAACUGGAUGAAGAGCAUCAAAGAGAAUGCAUCAGCUGGGGUCAGUCGGAUGUUGCUAGGUAAUAAGUGUGACAUUGAAGCCAAGCGGAAAGUUUCUAAGGAUACAGGAGAAAAGCUGGCUAAAGAUCACGGAAUCAGAUUCUUUGAGACAAGUGCAAAGUCCAGCAUUAACGUCGAAGAGUCUUUUCUGGCUUUGGCACGUGACAUAUUACAGAAGUCCAACAAGAAACCGGGUCCCACAGGUCGGGAAGUGAAAAUCACCAGCAGCACAGAGAAAAAGUCAUCCAAAUGUGUUCUUCUUUAGACAAUCACCAGCACAUUCAAAUGUAGGGACACAUCAGUAUUACUAAAGAGAUAUGUAACAUGUUUUCUGUCUCCAUCUGGUGGACUCAGACAUCAAAUACAUACAGGUGCCAAAAGCAGAGUUUAUACUCCAAAAAUGUACUUUUCCAGGAAAGUAAUUUAUUGGAUUUCUUUGUUCAUCAGAAAUUGUUACUGAGCUCAUAGUAUCUGUACUCUAUAUUGAACAUAUUUUCACACUUCCUGUGAUAAUAUCAUCUUCUAUACAAUAUUACAACCAACAAUCCCCAAAAAAUUCAGUUUUGCCCAAUAUUUUUCUGUCUUAUCACCGCAUUACUGAGGUGAGAGCAUUGAAAGAGUUUUUUGAGAGGUGAGAGAGUUUUUUAAAUCUUUGUAAACUUGGUAGUAAAGUAAGAAGUCACUCUCGGCUUGUUGGAAUAAUUUCAUUAAUUUCCAGAUAUAUUACUUCUAGUUAAUCUUUGAUUCAAGGUGCCUCAGGGUCAUUAUAGAUUCUGUUAGAUGGUUAAAAUUCUAGUAAGGAAAAACAAGAUACACUGAACAUUAAAUGUUAAGGAUUUAUGGUUUAAUUUCACCAGCAGCUGUAUAAUUAUGUAUUCAACAGAAUCUAUGAGGUGGGUGCCAUUAAAGAUCAAGCAUCACAAGCUUAUAACAUUCCCUGGUCAUUGUAUAAAAUUAAAAACAAACUCCUCUUUGCAUUAAUGAAUGAAGUAAGUUAAUGUUGUGUUGAGUUCAAUCUGAAACAAACACUGGUGAUAAACAAGCCUUGUUUUAAUAGAUGAGGGCGUUGAGAAUGUUGAAGAUAGCAGCAGUGGUAAAUGUAAUGUAAUAUGAGAAGAUGAGUGGAGAGAUGAAAGAAUGAUGGAUAAAGUAAGUGAACAUGAAGGUUGUGGAUGCCUGGGGAAGCAGCAGUGCUCACACUGUUAUCUGAAGUGCCUGGUAAACUGCUUUCAAAUGCAUUACAAUCAGACAUGACAGUUUCUCAGACAAUUUUUUGUUCAUUCAAAAAUGAUCACGUUUUCCCUUUUUGUCCUGCAUAGAUAUAUAGUUACCUCCUUUGUUAUGUUUCUUGCACAUUCUGUUCUCUUUUUAGAUCUGCCACAGAUCUGCCUGUAUGUAGUUUUACAUGCUGCGACUUGCUGAAUAAAACUGCAAAACAGUCAAAA